UUCAUCUAGACACUUCGAUCGUCCACAGCUGUAAAUGUGGAUUUUGUGGUAUUUUUUUUCUAUUUUAUCAGGUGGGAGUUCAAUUCAAGCUGUUACCAGCAGUUGUAUCUUCUGAUCGAUGGCUAAUGCUAUUGGCUAAUCAGCUUCUGCUGCCAAUUUUGGUUUAUUCUAGUGGUGACUACGUGGACAAAGAGUUCCAACUAAUCCCUUUGUACAGUGUUUUCUGAAGUGAUUUUACGCUCCGUAUUGUGACAUUCAUGUUUUAUAGAAGAAUAAAUACGACAAAUGUGUAAUUAUCUUAUGCAUGGGGAAGGAGGGCUGCAGAAUACUCGAUGACUUAUUGAGCGUCUAAGAACUAUUUCUAAUUAUUCUCCCAAUUAUAGGAAAAAGCAAGAGACUCUUAAAAAACAUUAUCUCCGCUAAGUAAACCUAUUCCACGGAAGCAAUUGCCUAGAAUUUUUGCAUAAAAUCCUCGUGCAAGUUUCUCGUUUAAAAUAAAUUUGCUUAGUGUACUAAAUCUAAGAGGCAAACCUGAUUACGUUCCUCAAUGGAUCUAUUUCCAAGCAGAUUCAAUUCCGGAUGUCGACACAGGAGAAUCACCGUAGCGGGCAAUUGCGUUGAUCGCAGCUGCAAAACUCCAGCGCUUUAAAAAAAUAGAUUGGAAAAAUUGAUAAUUAAUCGUGGAGGAGUUGCGGCAUGGGCUUGCCUCGUCUUUCCUUGAAGAGAUGCUUCAUUUACAUUUUCUGCGCUACUGGGAUGAUCCUGGUGGUGAUGAAUGUCCGCCAGAAAGAGCUGUGGCAUGCCCUCAGGCCAGAUCCUGGACCGGCGCAGUCUAUUCGGGCGGUGCCUGAUGUUGGCAAGAUGAAACUUUCGGUGUCCAUAAAACCUAAGGGCUCGUCUACCAUGAGGGCCGCGCGUGUCAGGCAGAGUGUCAAGAAUAAAUCAUCAGUUAAGAAAUUUGAGCCCUCGAAUUUGACUGGGACUGUCAACCCAGUUGAUCACAUUGCGGAGAUUAUGGAUCCGAGCAAGAGGCCGUGGUAUAUGAAGGGCGGAACUAGGCGACCACUUCCGGGUGUGAGGUCCAAGAGAACUGGAAGAAGAAUCGCAAGAUUGUGGCCAGAUGAGGAUUCCAAUGAUGAUAGGGUUACAAAUCAGUUGAUGUUUGUUCCGCUGGAUUAUAACAGAACGAGUGUUGAGCAUCCCCCGAAGAGGAUUAUGAUACCACAUGGCAUGGGAGAGGCAAAGACAGGAUCAGAUUUAUUUCAUCAGCUUGGAUGCCCUGUCAAUACUUGUGUUAUCACACGUGAUAAUCCUGAGGGUGCGGACUUAAUUAUCUUCAAGGAUUAUGUUACUCACGUGGGUCGCAGAGCACCAAAUCAAGCCUGGAUGCUGUAUUUCUUAGAAUGUCCCUAUCACACUCAAGCCGUAAGAAAUGCUCUCGUAAAUUGGACAGCGACGUAUCGACGAGACAGUGAUAUCGUUGCACCCUAUGAGAGAUGGCAGUACUACGAUGCACGAGUGACUCAAAUACCCCAAACAUUUAACUACGCUGCUAAUAAAACGAAGAAAGUCGCCUGGUUUGUCUCCAAUUGUCAUCCCCGCAACCAGAGAAUGCAGUAUGCCAAAGAACUUGCCAAGCACAUUCAAGUGGACAUCUAUGGUGCCUGCGGUAGUCUCCGAUGUUCACGUUCUCAAGCACAAACGUGUUUCGAGAUGCUCGACGCUGAUUAUAAGUUUUACCUAGCUUUUGAAAAUUCCAAUUGCAGGGAUUAUAUAACUGAGAAGUUUUUUGUUAAUGGUCUUGGCCACAACGUAUUGCCAAUAGUGAUGGGUGCCCAUCCUACGGACUACGCAAAGAGCGCCCCCUACAGAUCCUAUAUCCACGUGGACGAAUUUGAAUCACCACGAGAGUUAGCUGAUUACCUUCAUCGCCUAGAUCACGAUGACGAGCUCUACAACUCCUAUUUCAAGUGGAAAGGAACUGGUGAAUUCAUCAACACGUACUUUUGGUGUCGUGUGUGCGCCAUGUUGCACGAUCCUCGGCCACCCAAACACUAUAAAGAUGUGAACGAAUGGUGGCGUGGUGAUGAUGUCUGCACUCAAAACUCCUGGAGGGAGCACGAUACCAAUGAAAUAACCUUCAAAAACUCAUGAACAUUUUGCGAUAGCGAGUGAAGCAAUGAAUCUCCUUCAUUUUUUAAUAAUAAUCAUUCCAUAAAUAAUUAUCACUUUGGGCGACUGCAUGGCGUUACAGUUGCAAUUGAUUAUUUAAAAAAUGAUACUUCCAGGAAUGCAGUGAUUUGCAAUUUUGAUAAUUAAACCAGGAUGAUGAUGCAUAAUGAGAAAAGACUGCGCGGAUCUCGUUUGGAACUCGAAAACAUUCACAAAAAAAUAGUGAAUGGUAGGAAUCCGUUGGAAAUAAUUCAGUAGUGAAGUGAUGGAACGAGAUAAUUUUGUUGAACAAUUUUUUUUUUAGUUAUUUAUGAACUUGUUAAUAUUGAAAGCAAGACAGUUGAAUGUCAUAGCACUUGUUUUAUUUUACGGAAAAAGUUUCCCCCAUAUUUUUCAAAUCCUUUUUUUGUUCACAGAUAGGUAUUUAUUCCAAAUCUGGUGUUACGUCGAACUGACAGAAGUUCCUCUUUGCUACUAAAUUAUUUUGACAAUUUUGUUAUUACUAAAAUUGUAGUAUUAUUACAGCCACAUGGUCAAAAAUCGAGAUGGCCGGAAAAUAGUAUAGAAUUUUCAAUUCGGAGAGAUCAUUCGGUGAAAUGG